AUGAAAGAAAAUGAUAAGAACAAGCUGAAUGUAUUUAGUGCGCAAAAUGAAAAGAGUGAGAAAUCUUCAAGAACUGAACGAAGAACACCUAAUGAACCUAAUCAAUUAGGGUAUAUUAAUGCUUCUGAAGAUUUUAAAAAUAGUAUUAUAAAAAGUGAUAAACCCAUAACAAAAGAAGAGGUAGCUAAACAUAAUAAAAAAGAUGAUGCUUGGGUAAUUUAUGAAAACAAGGUAUAUGAAGUUACGCACUAUCUUAAAUAUCAUCCAGGAGGAAAAAGAAUUUUGUUAGGUAAAUCCGGAAAAGAUAUCACCAAAUAUGUUAAAAAGAUGCAUCCAUGGGUAAAUAUCGAAGAAAUUUUAAAACAUUCAUUUAUUGGAUAUGUGGAAGUAUAA